AUUUCUACAUUAUCACUAAUUAAUAACACUGAGCUACUUCAAACUAUACCACUGAAGUUGUUUCCCCAAUAUGCAAAUUUGCAUGCUAUUUUUAUACCAAACGUGUAUUUUAUCCCUUUCUUUAUACUUCUUUCUUUCCUAAAUAAUCAUUUCUGUCAUUAAGGAUUUGAACAAUAAAUGUUCAUUAGUAUUUAAUGUCAAUCUUCUAAACUGCAUUCUAUAAUUUCAAUGCUUGUUUUGGUAUACAACAACUUUUUCUGGGUGUACUGUUAUUUACUUCACGUGUCGAAUUUAGUCCUAUAAAUAGAACUGUCAAACGGUAAGAACUCCGUUAUUACUGAUUAAGACAUGUAAUCUAACCAAAAAUUACUUUUAAAUAAUCUUAUAAAAAUGAGUGAAGCCGUUAUAAUUCGUUUUGUAACUUUGCUAAAAUAAUUGUUUAGUUUGUAAACAUAAAAAUACACCCACGUACCCGUGAUAAACGUUUGUGGCUUCACUGCCCGGCGCUGUCAAACAACCGCUUAUAUAUGCAAACGACCCCAGCACAGCUGAAUAAUCAGCUCUGGCUGGAAUUCCAGCAAUGCGGGUGACCUGACCCAGCCUUGCUGGGCUAUCGCACAUGCGCUGUGCGUGUCUAUAGUUGUUGCCGUAAAACGACCUAAUUACUAAAUAAUUAAUAAGUAGAAAUAGGUAAUUAAUUAUGUUUUACCUCUAUUAAACAUCUACUUAAAUUAAUUACAUUGCAUAACUAAAUGUUAAUACUUUAUCGGUAACAUCAUAUGUAAAUAACUAUAUUAACCGACAAUAAUUGCCGUAACACGAAUCGUCGCUAAUGAUGGCCGUUCAAACGUGUCUUCUCACAGUUUAUUCAUCUUCACCACGGACAAUACGAUGUGGAAUCCUCUGUUCCUCUGUUGGCAAACAAUUAGAAACAUGUCUUUUCAGAGGUCCCCGGAUGUAAUUCUACUUCAUAGCAGUUCCAGAAGAUGACGACGACGACGACAACGACGACAUGGUUAAGUUGAACAAAUGCCAGAUCAUCUUCAACACCAACAUCAUAAUCCACGUGCUCGCGUGCUUCAUAGGAAUUGCAUCAUGGGUAGACAUGAGCGGCCUCUGGCUUCAGCUCCCAAUAUUCGUCACGGUUCUCCCUGAAAAAUGGACUCUCUCCAGCUACGUGGUCCUCAUUCAACAGGCGGCAACCAUAGGUCCGAUAAUAUUCGCCAUCUGCGCAUGCGUCUUUGCCAGAAAGAAGGUCGAGCAGCCGACUUCCUGUCUGAUCAUCGUCAUUGGAAUUGUCGCCUGCGUGUUGCUGUCCUUCUUCUGGGACAAGACGUCGGUCAUUGGCGAAACCGAACAUUCCACCGGUCUGUUCGCGCUGUCUUUCAUGCUGUCCUUCGUCGACACGACAUCAUCGUUGGCGUUUCUAUCGUUCAUGACGAUGCUCCAACCAGACUACUUGCCAUCAUACUUCGUCGGAGAAGGACUCAGCACUCUGCUUCCAGCUUUGGUGGCUGUUGGCCAGGGGUCUGGAAACGUGAACUGUGUUAACAUAAGCAGCCACGUUUCUGAGUUUAAGAACGGGACGUGGAACAAUUAUACCACGCACUACGAGGUACCAGUCUUCGACCCUCCCGUGUUUUCGGUCCAGUAUUUCUUUCUCAUCCUUGCCGGAUUCCUGACUCUUUCUCUCAUAUCGUUCAUUCUGCUGAUGUGUUUUCCCAUGUGCAAUGUGUUCGAGGCAGCGUACAGUUCUCACACAAGAUCAUACAGCUUAGAGAAAACUGGAGCUGACAACAUCGAACUAGAAAUACUAGGAGUCGCCUACAUCAAGACCGACGUAGAUCUGAAACGGCACAAAUCUGCAGGCCUCAUUAACAAGAACAACGGGGUAGACAGAGAAAGCGCAGAAAACACUGAGCCAGUUUCCAAGAGAAUCACCACAGAAGAUUCACAACAGACUCAAAGGCCCGAGAGAGUGACAAGUAAGCAUACACGAUCACACAGCUCAGAGAUAAAUGGAGACGACAACCGAGAACUAGAACUCCAAGAAAAAGCUGAUACAAUGCCAAUGAGAAGCAUCACCAUAACAGAAACGCAACAGACACAAAGCUCCGAAUCAAAGCAAGAGGCCGCAGACGACAGAAAACCGGUUACGACCAGACUGCUCGUGUUCCUGCUGGCUCAGACCUGCUGGAAGGGGAUUCUGUUCACCAUCACCAUCUCGGUCCACACAUACUUGUCACUGCCGUAUGGCCUGAACGUGUACCACGUCAACAACAUUCUGGGAAGCGUCGCCCUGCCAGCGGGAUCUCUCCUCUGCCUCUUCCUGCCAAUGUAUUCCACAGUCGGGGUGACCCUCCUGACGGUUUUCUACUCGGGUCUCUCGGCAUACGUCUUCUACAUGGCGUCCCAGAGUCCGAACCCUCCACUCGUCAAUGAUGAAGCUGGGCCACCUGUUCUGAUGACCCUACUCGUUAUUCUGAUGUUGCUGUGGUCAUACAGUCAGGUAGCCAUAGCCGGGAUUCUUCGGACCAGGGGUCGACGCUCCAUGAUCUGGAUGGGGGUUUCAAUCCAGAUCGGCAACGUGAUUGGAGGAAUUGCUGCUUACGUCAUGGUGAAUGAGUUCCAUUUGUUCAAGGACGCGCAGCCAUGUUGAAUUCUGAAUACGAAACCAAGAUCUGCGAUUUACUCUCUCUCUCUCUCUCUCUCUCUCUCUCUCUCUCUCUCUCUCUCUCUCUCUCUCUCUCUCUCUCUCUCUCUCUCUCUCUCUCGUUUUGUUUUUGGUUAUUUUUUUGCUGGGUCGUCUGGACACGAAACUGGAAUUGUUUUUCCUUUGCGACGAAAAUACUCGUUAUUCGAAUUAAAUAGCAGGAUUUUCAGCUAUACACCAA